AGGACUCGGUAGGCCUCUGCGGGGAGGCGGGCCGAGCUCUGCUCGCGGGGUCCCGCGGCUUCCCGGGCUCUGCAGCCUUCCCGGGUGCCGCGGCCCGAGUGCGCAUCCCGACUCAGCCCUGAGCUGUUUGCAUCCACCUUUCUUCUAAAGCCGGUGUAAAGUAACCUUCGUGGAAUUAUUUUCCUCCCCAGAAAGAAUAGACUUUUAGCCUUUGGCAUCACAUUGAGACGCUGCAUUUUCCAAUCUUGGACCGGGCGAUUCUGUUUGGGGCAGCCGAGCUUUGGCUGAAAGGACUUCUAGAUCUGUACAGAACAGGAUAUUUUCUGUAUCCUUCCCUGCUCUGCUCAUGCCUACCACAGGAAUAGGACUUCCUAAUAAUUUGCUGAAAGAAUUAAAGAAUAAGCCAGACCUGAAAUAAACCAGUACCUCCAGUACCUCCAGUAAAUGAAAUAGAAGAGGACUCCAUAAUACCCUGUAUUAAGAGGAAUGGAGAUUGCCUCUGUCCACUUAGAUUCAUAAGCUGUCCCGAAGUGAUCUUGGCAUCAGGGAAGGGAGUGUUCAGGCACAUUUCACCAUCAGCAUCACGGGAUGGCAGCCAUUGAUUUGUCCCAUGGCCUUCUUUCUAGAGAGCCUAUCUACGUCUACGAAGCAAACAUAGAGGUAGACGGGACGGUGACUGACAACCAGGCAAAUUGUUACCAGGAUUCAGUGACCUUCGAUGAUGUGGCUGUGGAGUUCACCCCGGAUGAGUGGACUUUACUGGACCUGACUCAGAAGAAUCUAUACCGAGAGGUCAUGCUGGAGAACUAUGAGAACUUGACUUCAGUAGGAUGUCAGUUAUUCAUUCCUAGUCUGACCCCCUGGUUAAAACAAGAAGAGUUAGAGGCUGUGGAAAGUGCUGUUCCUCAACAAUUGGAACUACAACCUACAAUUGACGAUUCAGAGCUUGAGAAUUAUUUUAGGAUGCAAAGUUCCAGUGCAACAGAAAUGGUGGGUGACUCAUCCCUUCACGAGCAGUCAGGAAACCACAAUGAAGGGGACCUAUGUGACUCUAAGCCAUGUGGGAAUGUGUUGGGUGAACAAUUAUGCCUUAACACAGAGGUGAGCAUGCAAAGUCAAGGAUACAGUUCUGAGUGUAACUGGUAUGGGAAAGACAUUCUUUCUUUGCUCAAGGAAACCUCUACUGGACAGACCGUUUCUGAGCUUAAUCAGUGUGGGAAACUCUUCAGUCUGCCUCCAAACAUCGUGUACCCGAGCACUAGCACAAGCGAGAAGCCCUUUGAGUGCACAGACUGUGAGACAGCCUUUUUUAAUCAGUCUUACUUUCAGCCAGAUAUGAGGCCUCACAAUGGAGGAGAACCCUUUGACUGGAGUAAAUACGGGAAUGGUUUUAUUCAUCCUACAAGCCUUGCUAUGCAUCUUCCAAUUCUCAAUGCAAGAAACCCCUACAAAUUUGAGGAAUGUGGAAAGGACUUUCAGUAUUUUGCAUGCCUUAAUAAUCCCAUGGGAAUGUGCACUGGAGAAAAAUUCUGUGACUGCAAGGAAUGUUGGAAAGCCUUCACGGUUUCCUCACACCUAACUCAAUAUGUAUCAAUUCAUACUGAAGAAAAAUCCAAAGUAUGUAAGAUAUGUGGGAAGUCCUUUGCUAAUUAUUCUCGACUUUCUGCACAUGUAAAAACUCAUAAUGAAGAAAAGCCCUUUGUAUGUAAGGAGUGUGGAAAGGCCUUUAAAAAUAUGUCAUACCUUAAUGAUCACGUUAGAAUUCACACUGGAAUAAAAUCAUACAAAUGUAUGGAAUGUGGGAAAGCCUUCCUUCGAUGGUCAGGCCUUACUGAACACAUAAGAGUUCACACUGGGGAAAAGCCUUACGAGUGUAAGGAAUGUGGAAAAACCUUUUCUAGAUCUACCCAGCUUACUGAACACAUAAGAACACACACUGGAAUCAAACCUUAUGAAUGUAAGGAGUGCGGGAAAGCCUUCACUCAGUACUCGGGCCUUGCCACCCAUGUACGAAUUCAUAGUGGAGAAAAGCCCUUUGCAUGUAAGGAGUGUGGGAAGGCCUUUACCAGGACCUCUGGCCUGAUUCAUCAUGUGAGAACUCACACAGGAGAGAAGCCUUUUGAAUGUGUUCAUUGUGGGAAAACCUUCAUUACUUCCUCCCAUCGCACUAAACAUCUGAAAAUCCACAGUGGCGAAAAGCCCUUUGUGUGUAACAUAUGUGGGAAAGCAUUUAUAUAUUCUACAUCCCUUAACAUUCACAUGCGAACCCACACUGGAGAGAAGCCCUAUAUAUGUAAGCAGUGUGGGAAAGCCUUCGCUGUUUACUCACGACUGAGAAAACACAGCAGAGUUCACGCUGAGGACAAGCCCUAUCAAUGUGAGGGUAUGGCUGUUGCUAUUUAUGACAGCAACUUUGUCCAUAUUCCUCAGAUUGAGUUGCGGAGUUGGCUGGCCUUCGUGAGUUCUGCGGUAGGAGGAUUACCUGGAGGCCGAGGUGGAGAUGGAGAACGCCAGUGCAGAGCUCUGCUCCGCUUGCCACGGCGCCUCCGGGCUCGGCCAAGCCUGAGUCCUCUGUGGCUGUCAGUCACCAGGACUCCCUGUGUAGCUGAGGAUGACCUUGUGCUCAUGGACUUCCUGUUUCUACCUCCUAAGUGCUGGGAUUCCAGGUCCAUAUCACCUGUAUGUAUCUUACUCAUAUCACCACAUUCUGUGAUAAAGUGCCACUGUCCACUGAAAUUCAUCAGCUGCACUAAAGAAAAGCUUGCCUCAGUGAAAGGAGUAUUCAUGCAGACUUCUGUGUUACAGAUGGCAGCUCCUGAUUCGUCCCAUGGUCCUUCAGAGGACUCAGGCUGCCUUCAAGAAGGAAAAAUAUCAGCAGAAAUGAUGUUGGUUGAUUGCCUGACGGAUUAUCAGGAGUUAGUGAGCUUUGAGGAUGUGAUUGUGGACUUUACCCAAGAGGAGUGGACCUCACUGAACCCAGAUCAGAGGAACCUCUACAGAGAUGUGAUGCUGGAGAACUACCAGAAUCUGGCCACAGUAGGAUAUCAGCUCAUCAAACCCAGUUUGAUCUCUUGGUUGGAACAAGAAGAGUUUAGUAAAGGUCAGAAGAUAGUUUUUCCAGAAUGGAAAAUACAGCUUGAAACUAAAUGUUCAGCAUUCCAGCAGGAAUUUCUGAGGGGUAACAUAUCCAAUAGAAUGCAAAUGCAGACAGGAAUCAACGGAGGAAGGGAGCUCUGUGACGGGACGCAAUAUGGAGACUUCUUCAGUGAACUCUCACCCCUUAGGACAGAUAGGAAAACUCAGUCUGCACAGGAUAAUUAUGGUUGUAGUCAGUACAGAAAAGACUUUCUAAUGCUUCAGAGGGAAAACUGUGCUGGUGAGAAACUUUCUGAGUUCAGUCAGAGUGAAGAAACCGGCAUGACCCCAGUUAAAGCUUAUGAGAAAAUUGCCACGCAAGAGAAAAGGUUUGAAUGCAGUGACUGUGGGAAGUCCUUUAUGAGCCAGUCACACCUUCAGACACACCAGAGAACUCAUAAUGGAGACAAACUUUAUGAAUGGAAUGAGUGUGGGAGAAGUUUUAUAAACUCAAGACUUGCUGUGAUUAUAGAAACUCUAAAUGCGAAGAAACCUCACAGAUGUAAGGAAUGUGGGAAAGGCUAUAGAUAUCCUGCAUAUCUAAAUAUUCACAUGCGAACUCACACUGGUGAAAAGCCCUAUGAAUGUAAGGAGUGUGGGAAAGCCUUCAAUUAUUCCAAUUCAUUUCAGAUCCAUGGAAGAACUCACACAGGAGAGAAGCCCUAUGUAUGUAAUCAGUGUGGGAAGGCCUUCACUCAGCACUCGGGUCUUAGUAUACAUGUAAGGUCUCACAAUGGAGACAAGCCCUAUGAAUGUAAGGAGUGCGGGAAAGCCUUCCUUACAUCCUCUCGACUUAUUCAACAUAUAAGAACUCACACAGGAGAAAAGCCUUUUGUGUGUGUGAAAUGUGGGAAAGCCUUUGCUAUUUCUUCAAAUCUUAAUGGGCAUCUGAAAUUACAUGCUGAAGAGAAGACCUGUGAGUGCAAGAUUUGUGGGAAAGCAUUUGGAUAUCUUUCAUGUCUUAAUAAUCACAUGAGAACUCACAAUGCUAAAAAAUCAUACACGUGCAAGGAGUGUGGGAAGGCCUUUAACUAUUCCACCCACCUUAAAAUUCACAUGCGAAUCCACACUGGAGAAAAACCCUAUGAGUGUAAACAGUGUGGGAAAGCCUUCAGUCACUCCACUUCAUUUCAGAUCCAUGAAAGAACCCACACUGGAGAGAAGCCCUAUGAAUGUAGGGAGUGUGGGAAAGCCUUCAUCUGUCCCAGUUCCUUCAGGAUUCAUGAAGUAAGUCACACCCACACUGAAGAGAAACCCUAUAAGUGUCAGCAGUGUGGAAAAGCCUACAGUCAUCCUCGUUCACUUCGAAGACAUGAAAGAAUUCACUAGAGAGAAGCCUAGUUGAUGGAAGAAGCAAUAUGAGGAAGCCCUUGUUUGUGCUCAUUUACUUUGAAGACAUGAUGGUACUCACACUGGAGAGAAACUAUUAAAAUUAGAUACAUAGCUCAGAGUAGUGCUGUGUUACAUACUGAGCAACACAAAUACUCCAUGUCAAACAAUUAUGAGUAGAUGCUGGCAAGAUGGCUCAGUGGGUAAAAGCACUUGAUGGGAAUGUCUGACAGUUUGAAUCUGAUCAACACCCACGUAAAGCAGACAGAUGUAGUGGCAUGCAUCUUUAUUCUCAGCAUUCCUACAAGGUCACUUGGAACCUUGCAGGCCAGCUAGUCUAUGCAGCAUGGCAGAGAGGAAGACUGACUCAACAAGGUAGAAGACUUAAUGCCUUAAAGUUGUCCUCUGAUCUCCAUGUAUCUGCCCACCUUCCCACAUAUACCACAGUAAUACAAAAAUGUUUAAAGAAUUGAAAUGAGGGCUGUUGAGAUGGCUCAGCAAACAAAAGCAUUCUCCAUACACUCCUGACUACCUGUUUUCUACCCCUGAAUCCCACAGUGUAAAAAGAGAAUUGGCUCCUAAAAAGCUGCCCUCUGACUGCCACAUGAAUGCUGUGGCAUGCACUUCCCCCAAUAAUAUUACAUUUUAAAAAUUCACGUGAGGGACUGCAGAGAUGAUUCAAAUAGUUACAAGCACCUGCUGCGCUUCCAGAGGGCCAGGCUUCAGUUCCCAGCACUCACAUGGCAGCCAUCCAUAACUAGGUGAGGGGGAUUUGGGCCCCUUCUGACCUCUGUGAUCACUCAGCACACACAUGAGUGCAUAUGUGCAGGCAAAACAUGUAUAAAAAUAAUUAAAAAGCAAAUGAGGUUGCCAUGGUCCAUUAGAAGUGACUAAUGCCCUCGAGAGGUUAACAUGCUGCAGGAUGCACACAGAGAAGACCAUGGACACUUCAGACAGCCUUCUGCAAAUGGAGACAAGUGGCUACCACGAGUGUUUCUGCUAAGGCCUCCAGAGGAACCGACCUGAAUUACACUGAUCUCUGAUCCCCAGCCUCAGACUGUAAGAAAUAAACAACCAUGCUGAAGUUACUGGUCUGUUUGCUACAUUAGCUCUAACAAAUUGUGUGUGUGAGGAGAGAACUGACUUCCACAAACUGUCCUGUAGCCUCCAUGAAUACACACACACACGAGAAAAAAGGCCUAGAUUUUAAAGUUCUUUGUCCUGCAUUCUCAACUGUUCUGUUAUUGCUGAAGUCAGUAAUUGAAGAGGAGUGACCUUUUGGAGGAGUCGUGUUGCCUUGUUUUUGU